UUAACGCGGUGUUUUUUUAAUAACAACUUAAAACUCUUAACUUGUAAAUAAAUAUGACACAAUUUUUAUAAAUCUUCAUCUUAAUAACCAUCAGAGGGUUGCCUUGAAUAAUAACCCCAUGGGGCAUAAUCUUGCCCACCUUCCUCUCUCAUAGGUUCCCUAUAAACUUUUAUUUCCACUUUUUGUCGAUCUAAAACAUCAAGUUAAAAAAAUAAUCAUCAAAACUUUUGUACUAACCACAACUUGAUGAAGGCGAAGCGAUUUGGUCAUGAUAACGUCUUCUUCGAUAAGUUAAUGAGUUUGUUACACCAAAAAUGGCGAGAAUACCCAAACAAAUUAUCAUUAAUCUCAUCUUAAUAAGAAUUUAACGGUUUUUCUAUUUUUUUUUUGCAAUCUACACUGCGUUAUAGGUGAGUUAAGAGUUAAGAUUGUUUGAAAUGCGGAUUAUUUCAUUAAAUGGUUUAUAUAGUGUAUCUAACGACAAGGAAAGUAAGUAGAGUUGGGAGAAAUGCGACUAAAAGCAAAAAAAGAAUGAAUUAAAAAGAUAGGUACGAAAGUUGAUCGUAGUGAAAGCAAUAGACCCACUUUUGGAUUAUUUUAAAUGAUUGUUAUAAGUCAAAGUUGAAAUAAAUCGAGAUGGUCUCAUCACUACGCACGAUACUUUUUUUUUUAAAUUCGUGCGAGAUGGUUUGUUCAUAAAGAUUUAUGAAUCUAAAAUAAUCAAUAUUUCUUACGUAACUAGGUAACAAAUAAACGAAAAUGUGUCUUUGCCUGGGGCCUUCAGGUUCCGGGAAAACUCUUUUAUUAAAAAAACUUCAAAAUUGGUUAUCAGUCGAUGAAACAACGACGGCAGUUCCGACAGUUGGAACCAACAUAUUUUUAAUAAAAUCCGGAAGUAAUCAACAUUCAGUACGAGAAAUUGGUGGUCAAAUGGCACCGAUUUGGUCGAAUUAUUUCACCGGAAUAAAAAAAUUAAUCUAUGUCGUCGAUACAUCCAAUCUAUGCCAAAUUUCCGCCGCCGGAGUUUUACUUUAUACGAUCUUAGCAAAUCCCCAAUUGAAAUUUUGCAAGUUUUUAUUGGUUUUAACAAAGAUGGAUGUUAGUUAUCGGCAAAUGAGAAACGAAGCUCUGCUUAUGCUUCAAAUGAGACGAUUGCAGAAAGAAAUUUGUCAAGAGAUUAAGAUAGUUGAAUCGAGUGCCAUCACUGGUGAAGGAAAGGAUGUUAUUCUUCGUUGGUUAGAUGAAGGUGAAUCAAAAGUGACCAAACAAAUUAAUAAUUGAAAGGGACAUAUAAAAUGAAAUUAUGUGAUAGUAUUAAAGCGCUAACUCGUCUUAUUAUAUGUGAGGUUAUGUUCUAUUAUAUUGUAUAUUUGAGAUUGUUUAUAAU